GUAAGGGGCAGGAGGUGUAGGGUCGGGGCGCUGCGCAGUUGGGGCCUGAAGGCGCUGGUCCCGAGCGAGCGGUCCCGUCCCGUCAGAGCGGGUCCAGAACGGACCUGGAGGCUUCCGGCGUUGGGAGAGGACGGUGGGACCGGUAGCUGCAUUCAGACCUGACCUGAGUUCUUCAGUUUGUCCAGAAGCGGCGCUGGGCGCGGGCUGCUUCUGCUCCUUUGCAUGUUUUCAGUAAGGUGUAUUCCCCCCCAGAAGUUACUGUGCAGGCUUAGCUUUGUUUGGUGCUGGUUUCCACGCGUGUCUCUUAAUGAAUGGUGCUGUCAAGUCAUAAGUCCUCCCAAUGGAGAUAAAAGCGCCCGUCAGAAGAUACGAAACAAGAAGUAAGGCAGCAGGAAGAGAGCUGUCCAAAUCCCGGGUCGAUUGGAGGCGUACUAAAAGGGAACUCAUAGUAUUUGACAGCAGUGACGAAUCCUCAGCUACCUCUGAGGAGGAGGAGCCUACCACAUCAGAAAGUGAAAUAGAUGAAAAGGAUGAAACUUGUAUGAAGAGCAGCUUUUCAGAUCAGGAGGAAAAAGGCCACAAUACGGAAGGAACAGAUGAUGGGGAGGAUGAGUGCAUUGUGCCUGGGAAGCGUAAGAGGUCGAACACCUCUGUCCUGUAUGACAGUGAUGAAAGUCAGGACAGUGACAUACUGGUUAGAAAAGUCUUUGCUAAACGCCGCUGUAUAAUGGAUGAGGAUGACAGUUCCGAAGAACAGCAACCUGAUAAAGCGUGCCCUACAGAGAAUGUUUCGACUAGGAAACAGAAAGUGUUUGCAAAACUGAAAGAACUUGCAAGAAAAAGUGCAACUCGGAGAUCUUGCAGCAGUGCAAAUUGGGAGGAUUCUAAUAGUGAAGCAGAAAUAGAAGAGGAACCGCUCUGUCACUUGCCCCUCACACCAACAGAAGGUAGUGAAACUGACAGUGACAGCAUGGAAGAUUUUAUAGUAGAGGAAGAUGAAGAUGAUGAUAAUGAUGAUGAUAACAACACAGAGCACGUAAAGAGUGAAAAUCAGCUGCAACAAAAGCAACUAAAUAUGUCAAGUAGCGAGUUGCUGUCAUACUACGUCCCACAAUUACCUCGCUGUGAUCAUUAUGUGCACUUCAAAAGAAUAGUAAAGGCUUUCCUCAUAAAUGCAAUUGAUGACACUUUUCUGAGCUCAUUAUAUGAUGGAACAAGACAAAAGAAGUAUGCACAAGAUAUGUUGCUCUCACUUCAUUAUUUGGAUAACCGCUUCAUUCAGCCUCGGCUUGAGAACUUAAUCGCUAGAAGUCGCUGGAAAGAUCGAUACAAGGAGCGUGUGGAUUGUUACCCAGAUGUUCACAUAAUCUUGAAAAAUCCAAAAAAUAUGUCUUGUCAGGCCUGUGAAUUGAAGCGGCAUUGUAAGUUUAAUGUGUUGCUCUCUGGACGGCUUUAUAAUAGUAAAACUUUGAAAGCGGAUGACUUCAUGUCAAAUGACAAGCAGGACAAAGUAUCUUGGCAUCUCAGUUGCACUGACGCUUGAAGUUGCUGAUCUGCUUUUGAGAAGACUUGUUCCUGGCUACAACACUACAUGUUAUUAGAGCCUUUUCCCCAUUACUGCAUUAUCAGAACUACUUUUCCAAACUAGAGAACAUUUUUUUAGGUAGUCUUGCAUCUUUUUCUCACUCAGUUGUCUCUGCUAGAACGUUUUGAAUUAAGUUAUAUUUUUGGAGUGAAAGGCAUCUUUCCUGUUGUUACAUGAUGUUGCAUGAGGUAGUCAAUUUACAUAACUUCAGAAGUCACCUAAAGUAAUUUAAUAAUAACAUAAUAUAAUUUUAUUUCACAGCUGAGCCUUUUGAAGACCUUGACUCUUAAAAACCUAGGUAUUUCUAAUAUUUAGAUAUCAUCGUUUCAAAUUUACAGCUACAUGUUAUGAUUGUUAUGAUCUCCUUAGGUAAUGUAAUUCAUGAUCUCUUAUGAAAAACUCAAAGCACACAAUUUGUCAAGAGUAAAAUAUUGCUAUAUUUAAUCAAGCUGAUAUCCAAGUUUUGCCUUUCUUCCCUUUCAGGAGGUGCAGAUGGUGUUUUUGUUUUGUUUUGUUUUGUUUUGUGAGUGUAAAAGAAUUUCUGAAUACAGCUGAAGUUCCUCACAGUAUUUUCUGAAAAGUUUCAGAACAAGUCUUUUUUUCAGUGUAUUUGAUAAUGAGGUAUAAUGGGAUUUCUUAUGCAAAAAUAAAGUGAAGCUCUUGUCAGACUGUGAGUACAUCUUACUGAAGCAGAAGCCUGUAUGGUUUGGAUUUUUUCAAAUUUUCUAACUUAGAGAUUUGAGGGGUGUUGGUGUGAUUACCAUGCCAUCAUAUUGGGCUCUGCAUGUAAUGCAGGAGCUAGGAAUAUCUGUGCCAGUUUUUCUUAGAUUACAGACCUUUCUGAGCAGCAGUUGCUGAUACUCUGGUUUGAAAAAUAUGUAUGUGCAUGAUAGUCCAGAGAGCUAGGCUCUUCCAGCAAGGUUUUGUCACUUGUUUAUUGCAUGAAAACAGUGAGUCCUCUGCAGUCAUCCUAGCACUGAUACUGUAGCCUGUAGUACAGUCAUUCUUUCUUACAUACAAACCUCUAAAUGUAGAUCACUAAUUUAAAAAAUUUCAGUUUUUCAUGGGAAGUGUGUGCCUUACCUAACCAGAAAUAAUAAAUGAACUCGCACAAGAAUUUAAUCUUUUCUCAACUUUCAACAUAACUGUGGAAAUAAAAGUAGCAAUUCCCUCACUGCUGACCAAAUGUUGUCCUACGUAAAGUGUUGUCUGUUUUUCACUUUGGAAAAAACUUGAAAUAUCCUGAAUAUUGAACUAACUUGCUAGUUCAUUUUUGUCCUCUUCAGCUUAACAGUAGAGAAUGAGAGCUUUUUUUACCCUAUGUACAGUAGCAUCUGGGGGCAUGUCUGCUAUGUGCAUGUUCAGUACAGCUCAGGGGCUGUAGAACAGUCAGGAGAAAGAGUAGUUGAGCACUUUCCAGUAAUUUUUGAUAGUGUCUUUAUAAUACAACAUUUUUGUUCUUAUGGUGACCUGCCAUUUAGACUGCUAAAAGUACUGUUCUCAAGUUGUCUUUAAAGUUCUGCUGACAGUGCAUUGAUCAACGAGGCCUGGCAAUUGAGAAAAAAAGAAAGGAAGAAAAAGUAAAAAGGAAAAAAAGGCUCACAAAGCUACUUAAACUGGCAUUUCACAAACUGGCAUUUCACAAAAUUGAUAGAGAAGGUAGUUCAGCAACAGCAGAUCAGAUUGAGUGGAAACACAUAGUUGGACUAUCUUCUAUAGAUUUGUUUGAAAAUACUCGAGAAAAGUGGAUGUGGAGAGAACAAAGACAGACCUCCAGCCCCCUUCUUCUGCACGAAACUUUCCUUUUCUCUCAUCUCUGAAGUAUUCUGCUUUGCCAGUAGAAAGAGAAGAGAAACAGAUGUUCUAGUUUUGCUUAGCCUUGCAGUGAUUGUUCACUGUGUAGGUGCCAAUUCUCAUUUCUUCAUAGUCAGGGGAAUCAAAACAGUUUACAGGUAUAGGUGUCCCCCACACUUCUUGCUCCUGUGUCACCUGGAUUAUAAACUGUUUUCUCUCUUCAGUUUUGGUGUUCUACUUCUGUUUAUAAACAUGCUUAGAGGACAUGGAUUCAGUCACUGCAUGUUGUGCUGUUGUCAGGCCAUGCUCCUGCAUUCCAUACAAAGUGAUUUAACACAACUUUGGCUGAUAGAGCCAGUUUGAGUAGAUAAGUUAAGCAUUAGCACAGAGGGACUGAGAACUGCAAGAGGAAAAAAUUAGAAUGAGUACAGUACUGAGAUUCUUUCCAACACUGCAUUCUGAAAUAGCUCUUUAUUUUUAGACUAUCGUUCUUGCUUUAAAAACACAAUGCAUAGUUGCAUUUAUACGAUAUUUAGCUAUUUGCAUUUGGCAUUUCUCCAAUGUGGCAAUACUUUACACCUCGCACAUAUAUAAGCUAUGAAACUCAUUGCCACAAGAUAUUUUUGAAGGGAAAUUAUUAGUGGGUCCCAAAAUCCUGCUAGCUGUUGUCACAGGGGAAAGAACUGGGCCAUCAGUUUGAUGCAGGAUGGUAUCCUAUUUUGCAUCACAUAAUGUUCCAAGUGCCACACCGCAUUGCUUGGGAUCCUUGGAAAGUUAUGAAAUGCUCUACAAAAUGCCACAGCUCAGUUCUUGAUUGUUUCAGUAGUUGAAAUGAUAAUUCUGGAAAUUUGAAUAAAUCAAGCAUUGGUUGGUAGGUCUUGUGCUUCAGAAGCACCUGCAGCACUGCUUAAGCAGCCUUAGCUUUUCAUUUUUGGGAAUAGUAGAAAUGGAGCUGCAUAUAGGUACAACAUGUGCAUUAUAAUAGAGAAUUACAAUAUAGUAAUAGGCAUUUUUUAUCUCAAGAUGUUUAACAGUGCAGUUAAUAACCAUUUACUGUAGGUCAGAGCAAAAUUUCUUAAAAGUGAGUGUGUCUCUUUUGACUUCAGUGAUAUUAUGUCUGCUGAUAUCAACUGAGCUGCUGGUUUUAUAUAAAAAUAUAUUUCAGAAAUUAAAUAUAUUCAGAUAUUUAAGGUCAGGUGUUUUGGGGAGCUGCUCACAGAUGCAAACAUUUGGUUGUGCAUUUGGAAAAGCUCUCUGAAAAUGCAGGUUGUAAGCAUCAAUUAAAACUUAACUUUCUUGUAAUUUGAGAUAAUUCAGAUUAUUGCCAAUGGCAGCAAUAAAAGGUAUCACUGUUGUGGCUCAGAAGAAAUAAUUUUUCAGCUUAUACACAGUUGGUUCUUUUAUAUAUGUGUGUGUGUAAUGUGAAAUAGUACAACUGCAGCUUGUGUUACUGAAGCAAAGAACUCUGACCUUUAGCCAUUUAUGUGCUUGUUACUUGCAAAAGUGUGACAAGACAUCAGUCCAAAACAGUGCUGUUCUUGAAGGAUAAGCUGAUGAGGUGUUUUUUUUUCAGAAAAACUAAAUUAAUUUCUUAGGUAUGUAUCUGGAGCUGCAUUUCUUUAUGUAUGUAUUAAUUACGUUGCUUUUGAGUGUAGAAAACCUGACCCCCAAAAACCAGCUGGGUUUUCUGGGGAUUUCUUACCUAAUAAGCUUUGUCUCCUCAGGUGAGAGUAGUGAUAGGUACACUUGUGGGUUACUUAGAGAGGAUAGAAUCCUCUUCUGACUUGCCAUUGUAUCUACUGGAACCUACUGUUCUACAAGUGGGACAAAACAUACUCUUGUGAAAUGCAGGAUAUCCUUAAGUGCAGGUGAAAAUUGACUCUUUCUCCCUCUCCAUAUCUCCAAUUUCAUUUACUCUUAGUGAAGAUUUAGGAUGGUCAAAGAUUUCUGUAACCAAUGUAUUACUCAGUAUUUUCAUGUUAGUGCUGAUAGAUGAUAACAGAUUUACUGUAAUCCAUGCUCUGAUUAUGUAGUUGCAAGCAUAUUUACCACCUGUUUAUCUAUAAAUACUGCUAUAAAGAAAACUAUGGAAUAAGACAAUUCUGUCUUUUCUGCAUGGAAAUCCUAGAAAUAAAACUGGUGAUAACUGGGAGAUGCAGAGGCUUUGAUUUCUACAGCAUUGUGGCCUAGCUGUACCUCUCACAGAUUAACGUCUGCAUUCUACAAAACCUCAGUUUUCAGAUUUUAUUUUUAUGAAAUUCAACCCCCCCUUCAUAUUUAUUAAAUAAAUGUUUUGAGGCAUAUGUCUAUUUGUAUACUUGUGUAUUUAUUGAAUGUUAAUCAGUCUACAAAAUGUUAAAACUGUAUUUCAUAUCCUAGGAAGUACUUACAUAUUAAGCAAAAGUAAACAAAUAAUUUUUCUUCCUUGCUUGCACAAUAUGGUGGUUGUCUAAAGUGUUAGUGAUUUUGUAACAAAGUUCCACCAGGAGAUAGGAAAGAUACCACCAAUUAUAAACAUGGUUGUGUUUGCAAGAAGACCAUACUGAUAAGCUGCCAUUGCGUAGACUUGCUGGCUGACUGCUUGCUCAAAAAUCGCUGUGCUGUGGCUGUGAAAACUACAUGGUUUUUUGCUGAUUUUAUGCAUGUAGCAUCAUUCUGUUUAAUUCAUUAUUCAGAAAAAUUUCCUGGACUGACUGAUUAAGUCUUACUAGACUAACUUACCAAUUCUAUAUAUUGUCAAGAUAAUCAGUUCUAUCAGAGAGAAUGAUUUGUUGGUUCUGGCCUAGGUUUUGAAGGUUGGCACAGUGUGUGCAAAUCGUACAAAAGUUUAUCACAAUUUGAAGCACUUCAAGUACAAGUUGUAUGUGGAUUGCAGCUCUGUUGCUGGAUCGGAUGGUGUUGAGGAUGAACCAGUCAAAGACACUGUA